AUGAACACCAUUCUCGUGUUUGUCGCUCUACUCGGUUUCGUACUUUGCGAGGAACCCUCUCCUCAGCCUCCUCAGGCUCUUCCCGAGGUCAAAAAGCCGGAGGCUGUUCCAGUCAAAGGAAUUGACAAUCUCAGUGAGGAGGAAAAGGCGAAACUCGAGAAGAGAAGAGAGCAAGUAAAAAAGGAAGUGAGGGAAAAAAUGUCUAAGCUCAUCGAACAACUGAACGGCGCUUUGGAUAAGCAGUCUGCAAUCCUGGACAACAAGGCACUGAGUCGCAAGGAAAAACUUGAAGCGCUCCGCAAGCUGAAAGAGGAGAAUCCAAAGGUUUACAAGGUUCUGAAGGUCAUCUUUAAGCAAGUUGUUCCGAAACAUAAACGUGGAAAAAGAAAUGGUCACAAAAGAAAGAUGGGAUCUCUCGGUUUCCGUCGAGACAGGAAACUCAAUCGCGGAUGGCAAAAGGGAAAAAAAGAGAGAAAAUUUUUCAAGAAGAAGUCUUUUGGCCCGAAGAACUUGCCAGAACCUAUGAAGCCAGCAAAACUGGAUGCAGUAUCCGUUAAAGCUUAA